UAACUGGGGUGAGAGAGCAGCCUGCACACACGUUACCAUGGUCACCCCGGGGUGACAUCACGGUGCCGGGGAUUGGUGGUGGUGGCGGUGACGGAGCGGCAUCAGGUGACGUGUCCCGGCAGUGGUAUGGGCAGGUCCCGCACAGCCUAAUAACAGGGAAGUGGCAGCUCUCCGCCCGCCAGGCAGCACACGCUAACAGACACCUGUAGCAGCCGCGAAUAUGUUCAGUUGGAUGGGGAAGGAGAGCGGCUCCGGCCGUGCACCGCAGGAUGUGCUGCAGACAGUGGCCGGCAGCCUGCAGACCCUGUACUCCGGAAAGCUGCUGCCUCUGGAGGAACACUACCGCUUCCAUGAGUUCCACUCGCCGGCCCUGGAGGACGCGGACUUCAAGAACGUGCCUAUGGUUCUCCUGGUGGGACAGUACAGCACUGGCAAGACUACCUUCAUCAGAUACUUACUAGAACAAGACUUUCCCGGAAUGCGGAUAGGACCAGAGCCCACCACGGAUUCAUUCAUUGCUGUGAUGUACGGUGAAAAAGAAGGAAGCAUCCCGGGAAACGCGUUGGUUGUUGAUCCUAAAAAACCUUUUCGCAAACUGAACAGUUUUGGAAACUCCUUUCUGAACAGGUUCAUGUGCUCUCAGCUGCCGAAUGAGGUUCUUAAAAGCAUCAGUAUCAUCGACUCUCCCGGAAUCCUGUCUGGAGAAAAGCAGCGUAUUAGCAGAGGCUAUGAUUUCUGCCAGGUCUUGCAGUGGUUUGCAGAACGAGUUGACCGGAUUAUUCUUCUCUUUGACGCUCAUAAACUUGACAUAUCUGAUGAGUUCUCAGAGGCAAUCAAAUCCUUUAGAGGUCAGGAUGACAAAAUCCGAGUGGUGCUCAACAAAGCGGAUCAGGUGGACACUCAGCAGCUGAUGAGAGUCUAUGGUGCCCUCAUGUGGUCAUUGGGAAAGGUGAUUAACACCCCUGAGGUGGUACGGGUUUACAUAGGCUCUUUCUGGGCUAAGCCUCUACAGAAUACAGAGAACCGGAAGCUCUUUGAAAUGGAAGCUCAGGAUUUAUUCCGGGAUAUCCAGAGCCUCCCACGGAAUGCUGCCUUGCGCAAACUAAAUGACCUUAUAAAAAGAGCCCGUCUUGCAAAGGUACAUGCUUACAUCAUCAGUCACCUGAAGAAAGAGAUGCCCGCAAUGUUUGGUAAAGAGGCCAAGAAGAAGGAACUAAUUAACAGAUUGCCAGAAAUCUUCCAGCAGAUACAGAGAGAACAACAGAUUUCUCCUGGGGACUUCCCUGAGGUCAAGAGAAUGCAGCAACAACUGGAGAUGUAUGACUUUUCCAAAUUCCAUGCUCUGAAACCUAAGCUGAUUGAGUCUGUGGACAACAUGCUGUCCAAUAAGAUUGCUCCGCUACUGAAUAUGAUACGAGAGGAAGAGAGCAGCAUGCCAACACAGAUGGUUCAAGGUGGUGCAUUUGAGGGCACCAUGGAAGGUCCCUUUGGCCAAGGCUAUGGGGAAGGUGCAGGUGAAGGUGCUGGGGAAGAAGAAUGGGUGGUGGCAAAAGACAAACCCAUUUAUGAUGAGCUGUUCUACACAUUGUCUCCAAUCAACGGGAAGAUUUCUGGCGUCAAUGCCAAGAAAGAAAUGGUGAACUCCAAACUGCCGAACAGUGUCCUAGGAAAAAUCUGGAAGCUGGCGGAUAAUGAUAAGGAUGGCAUGCUGGACGAAGAAGAAUUUGCCUUGGCAAAGCACCUUAUUAAGAUUAAGCUGGAGGGCUAUGAGUUGCCUAACGAGCUGCCAACUCACCUUUUACCGCCAUCUCAAAGGAAGCCUCUGCAGAACUCUGACUAAAGAGCUCCGCAGUGGGAAGUUUACCUCUUAUUAUCUCAUUGUUUGCAGCCGGAGAAUCCAGUUACAGAGAAAAGAGCCGCAGGGUAUUAAACCUAACUCAUACUUUUAAAACAUAGUCUUAACAUUUUAAUGUGUACAGGUUGAUGCACUAUUACAUCCUUCGGAAAUCUGUAAUGUGUCAAUGUACUGUAGGAUAUUAUAGUGUAAGAUGAGGAUUUAUUUAAUUCAACAGAUUUUGUUAGGGUUGUGUUUUUUUUUUUUUUUUUAAAUAUAUGGACAGUCUGGUCUGCGACUUCAAGAAGCUGCAAUUCUGGGCAUUAGGAAAUUGUACUCAAUAUGGGGAAUCUUGUAGAACAUACAAGCAGAAGUAAUGGGCACUCAUGUUUAAGGGAUUUAGCGAUGAUGACCACUUCCUUUCUACAGAGUGGCUUUACACAAUGUCUGUGGGUUUGUAUUAGGGCUGAGAGGGUGACCUUCCCCCCCCCCCCCCCCCCCUUCAUGUACUGUACCUCCCAAAGGGGAGAUUUUUUAAAUCUAGAGAAUGCAGGUGGAGAUGUUGCCAGUAGCAACCAGAUUCUAGUUAUCAUUUUAUAUACUGUACUAGAUAAAUGAUAGCUAGUAACGGAUUAGUUGCUAUGGGCAGCACCUCAGCUAAUCCUCUUUAGGUUUGAUAAAUCACCCCAAAAAAUGUUUUGUCCCCCCUUGUUAUUUUAGAUCAGUUUUUAUUGAGACUAUGCUUUAAAAGAAUACAUAGAUUUUAAGUAUGACGGCUGUUAGUGAGAAGCACGAGAGUAACUGGAAUAUCCUGACUUGAAAAUGGCACCAGGUUUAUAUGUUUUGCUUGUAUAUUUAAAUCUUACACAAUCUUACAGUGGACACAAUUAUUUGUAUGGUUAAGAUUGACAGUAUUUUUUGCUGGGAAACCUAAUGAUUAAAAUGCAUACAGAAAUUUGUUCCAUAUGCUUACCUAAAAUGCCUUACUCGAUCAAGCUUUUUUUUUAUUGUUUAACAAUUGUUCUUUGUUUAGCAUAUUGUGUGACAUUUCAACUAACCUAGCACCCUAAAUCACCAGAAUCUAAACUUUGAAAUCUGAACCAUGAUGGUGAAGUACAUUCAGUGUUCACUUCACUGUCCACUGCAUCUUCACUAGGAAUAGUGGACUGUCCUCCUACAUCUUUCGGACCAUAACAUAAUUGGAGCUGAUAAAAGGCGAAGAAGCAGAGAUUGCAAACAUUUAAGAUGCUAUGACAUCACUGGCCCCACCUCUCACUAUGCAUCCACCAAUCCAAACAGUGCAUCUCUACAAAGCAAAUGUGCCUAGUUGCUGUCAAUCUCUGUUUGUUUAGUCAGAGAAGCAUCUCCACUUUGUAAUAUGGUAACCUGCUGCAGAGACGUGAAAACACCUAGUGAUCAUGUUUAUAUUUGUAUAAACAAUUAAUGGAUAUUCAAAAUGUACAGAUGUGUAUUAAAGAGCUAUCCGAUGUACAGUAGGUUAUUAUUGGGGGAUGGGGGGGUUCCCUCUACAUAGCAAGUCAGGAACCUUCUUGAGCAUGCAUCUUAUAGUCCUUUUUCUUAGCUACCCUUCUACAAAGGAUUUGUUUUCAAAAUCUCUGAAGUUCACACAGUAUGGCUACUAGUCACAUGCAGGCAGUCAGAAUGCAAUGUGAAGACAGAGGGGGAAGGUUUUUACAGUAUACAGAUCAGACAGGUUUCCCAAAGCCUCACUUUUUAAGUACAUGUGUCUGUGGUUGCCAUAGUAUUCCAUGAAGUUCAUUAUUCAGACAAAAUAGCAUCCUGAAGAAACAAACCUAUGACAUUUUGUAAAUACCAAGAUUCUCCUUAGAGCAGUGGUUCCCAAACUGUGUGCCGUGGCUCCCUGGGGUGCCUCGGGACACUUGCAGGGGUGCCUUGAAUUGGUGGUUCAGGACCAAUUCAAAUUAUUUAUGGUCAAUAUAAUAGGCAAAACUAGUGCUGGUGGCUGCCAGUCAUAAAAUAUGGGGACAAACAGAAGCAAAUCUCGACCCUCACCACACAAUUGAGCCCAAGGAUGACAUAUAAACACAAUCCACUUAAUGUAAUAUUUAUUUCUAAAUUUCUCAAUAAGAAAUGUUUGUCCCAGGGGUGCCGUGAAAAGAAUUCUGAUACUCUAGGGCGCGGUAACUCAAAAAAGUUUGGGAACCACUGCCUUAGAGGCUGCCACCUUGAUUUUAUGCUCAAAUAGCGAUGAAGUGAAAAAAGCAAUUUCUAAGAAGAGCUUUACCUAGAUUAGUUGGAAUGUCUUAUGUACGCAAGUUCUUUUCAAAAGAAUUUUAAGCGUUUAGACAUUUGCAUUGUAUUAUUACUGAUUGUUAUAUUCUGAACAUUUCCUGACUUUGACACAAUACUCAUUAACCACAACUGAAUAAUGCUUUAUACUGCACAUAUAUCUUGUCCUGGUAUUCUGCAAAACUCCUAUUGUCAUUUUCUUGCUUUCCUUAUGAUAUGUGGAUUGCUAUGAUAGUGUAACUCCUUCAUGUAAAAAUGUGCUUACCGGAUGGUUGCAGAUUACAGCUGGAUAUGUGAAAAGAGAAAGGUUCAAUGUACUGUAUUCCAGCUGUCAAACUCCUUUAGCGAGCAAAUGACAUUAAGCACUGCCAAUAUGUCUGAUAGAAAUCAUUUAUCCAAAAGUAAGUAUCUCCUAUUGUAGAUUCUUAAACAUGCAUACAGUACAGGAUGGACACAUUGGACACAUGAGCUUAUUAAAGUGAACAUUAUUCAAUGUGAAUAUUAUGCUGAAAAUUAUGUUAUUAUAAAUGUUAUUCCACGGUAUCGGACUGUGUUUUGUUGUUUAGAGCUUGACGGACGCACUGUAUGAAGUUUUCUAUAAUCGUCUUUUCUGCUAGUUACAAUAAACAGAAAUUACCAAUCUCCUUAUAUCUUUAAGGACCAAAGCCCAUGUUUGUAGUUUGCUGUCAUGCACAUUAUAAAGUGAAGGCACAAUGGAGGUAACUUGUGAAGUGCAAAAUUAGCUUUGGAUGCAUAGGGGCUAUUCAAUUAGUGCUGUUUUCUCGACAAGUAGAAAAAACGUCACUUUCCCCCCAUUUGUAGGUGGAGUUCACAUUCGACCUAUUCAAAGCCCGUUCCACUUUUUCGACUUGUUGAAAAAUCCACCUGGGCGAAAGCCACGUGGAUUGGCGAAUUCGCAGCCGUUCCACGUGUUUUGUCAAAUUAGUGGGCAUUUUCUACAGUUUAUUGGUCCAUUUUCGCCCAUCGCUAUUCGUAAAAAAUAAAACUGAAAGGCAAGGUGAAAACGGAGCAAAAACCUGUCAAACGCCCACUAUUAAAUACCCAACGGUCGAAUUAGUGACUGUUUUCCGACUGUCUGGAAAACUCAGCACUAAUUUUAUUUCCCCAAAAUGCCAGUAUUUUAGAAGAAAAAUUAAAUAAGGUUUAUUUCUUUGAAAGGGUGGGUACAAAAGUAUUAGACUGUUUCAAAUUGCUUUUGCAUAGUAGUUCCUUUUGGCUUGCCACACUUCCAGCUUUUGGUGUGAUGUCCGUGAAGUGGAUGGUAGGUCUGAGCCUUGAUGUGCAGGUGGUGGACCAACGCAUUUCGCUGUACAAAUCAGAUGUUCUCCAUAACAGACCUCCAGGGUGCCUCACAGGUGUCUCUGGUUCCUGUUAGAUUUAUAAAGCUGAAUUGUCCAGGACAGACAAAAUAACAUGCUUUUAUUUUUAUUGUAAAUUUAAAUGAAAUGAAUAUAACUCCCUAAUGAUACAACGUUUUCUAUUUAAAAUGGCAUGGCUUGAGAAUUGUAUUGUCUACCAUUUGGAGGUUAAGAGGAAAAUACAAAAGAUGGUAUACACUCCAUUUUAGAACAAUACAGAAUCAUUCAAGUUUCAUUCUCCAUAAUCCAAAUAAUUGUGUUUUUCAUGCAGUGUUCACCAUAUGGAACUAACCAGUGAAUUUGCUAUUGUACACUUACUUGUGCUAUAAACUUCAAAGUAAUAUAAAUAAUGUAGAUUUAUUUUUUAACUUGAGUCUUUUAAGUCUGACCUGCAAUAUUAUUUACCAAAUAAAACUUAAAUAUUUAC